CAGACUAGCUCGCUAGUAGAUAAUAAGCUUUAUUUCUUUGGUGGAGAUCUUUCAUCCACAGAUGGCAUUAAUGAUAGUACUGCUAAUUUAACUAAUGAAGUUAGCCCUAUUGAUAAUUCUGUUUUUAUUGUUGGUAGAAGGAUGUAUAUUCCAAAUACAGCAAAUCCUGUUUCUAACUAUUCACCAGUAUAUAAAUUUAAUCCUAAUAUUUCAUUAUGGACGACUCCAAAUAUUAUUGGUUUUAAUUCUAGUUUCAUAAAGCGUAAUGAUAUUCAGCCUGUAAUUGAUACUUAUGGGAAAAAAUAUAUUUUUGGUGGAAAUAAUUUUACAGGUUCCGCUAUGCAAUCUGUUAGUAGUUAUAAUGAUAUGAACAUAUUGGAUGUUACUUCUAUGACUUGGUCAACAAUAACCCUAUCUAAUAAUGUUCCUGCCUCUGCUGCUUAUACUGCUACAUUACUACAAACUGGCUUAAUCAUUUAUAUUGGUGGAUAUAAAUCUUCGAUUGUUGGAACAUUUAUUGUGUCUGAGGCUAUUAGUAUGUAUGAG